AUGUGGCGCUAUAAGCUGCACACCGUCCCAACCCAGGACCAAGUCCUUGUUCCUGAGACUCUCUUGAAGAAGCGCAAGAGCCAGGAGAAGGCCAGAGCCAACCGCACUGCUGAGCUUGAGAAGCGCCGCAAGGCCAACAAGAACAAGCGCGCUGUCAUUUUCAAGCGUGCUGAGUCCUAUGUCAAGGAGUACCGCGAUGCUGAGCGUGAGAAGAUCCGCUUGGCUCGUUUGAGCAAGCAGGAGGGAUCCAUCUAUGUCCCUGCUCAGCCCAAGCUCGUUUUCGUUGUCCGUAUCAAGGGUAUCAACAAGAUCGCUCCUAAGCCACGCAAAAUCCUUCAACUUCUUCGUCUUCUCCAGAUCAACAACGGCGUCUUUGUCAAGCUCACAAAGGCUACCGCUGAAAUGUUGACCAUUGUUGACCCCUACAUUGCUUAUGGUUACCCCAACCUUAAGAGCGUCCGUGAGCUCGUUUACAAGCGUGGCUACGGUAAAAUCAACAAGCAGCGUAUUGCUCUUACCGACAACCAGCUUAUCGAGGAGAACCUUGGCAAGUACGGCAUUGUCUGCAUGGAAGACUUGAUCCACGAGAUCUACACCGUUGGCCCCAACUUCAAGCAAGCUAGUAACUUCCUUUGGCCAUUCAAGCUCUCCAACCCAACUGGUGGUUUCCGCACUCGCAAGUUCAAGCACUUCAUUGAGGGUGGUGACACUGGUAACCGUGAGGAAAACAUCAACGCCCUCAUCAAGCAGAUGAAUUAAGGUAGUCAAAAAAAAGGGUCAGGCUUUCGGCGUUAACGGGUGGUUUGGGCAUGAGGUUUAAUGUAUUAACGAAUGUCAA